GUCCAGUAGUCUGAUCAUGCAUUAUUAAUACACUAUAUAUGACAUAUUUUCAAUUAAAUUCAUAUUUAUCUACAAUUCUCCCAUCUCACUUUAUACUUUUUUUGUUACAAACAUGUUACUUUAUACGUUUACCUUAUAAAUCAUGCAAAAUUAGGAAUUUCUUAUUUGUUAUAGUUGAUUAUAAAUUCUGCUGGUGAAGAGUUUUCUUUCAAUUAAACAAUCAAAACUUAGUUAUGCAAAGCUUUCAUCAAUUACAAUGACAGAGAAAGUUAGCUUUUAUGAAAUUAUAUUUACUAUCAUCAAGUUGUCUUCUCCUCUAGGGAUUUAUCUGGCCCUCGUGGACACUAUGUUCUGACACAACACAAUCAACAAACUACCAAGCCAGACACUGUCUUAGUCUCAGCUUUAAUGUCAUUAAUUUCUGUUCCCCUUAAAAGACCUUCAUUCAAUUUCACCUCCUCCACUCAUUUUGAUACAAAAUCUCACAAAUCAGUACACAUACUCUUUUAAAAAAACUUAUUUGACUUUAAAUAUUCAUAUACCUACAUCAAAUAUAUUUACUUUUUUAUUUAUAUUUUAUGACAGAAAAAAUAGCAAGUUAAUAAGUCAUAUAAAAUAAUUUGGCUCUAUUUAUUUUUUGUUAGAAAUAAUUUAAGUAAAUAUACUUAUGCAAACUCUUAGUUAAGUCUUUAUCCAAACAAAUAAGGCUUAUAUAUAUAUAUAUAUAUACUCAAACCCCAAAAAUGUCACAGAUAAGCUAAAAUAUCAUUCUCCGUAUAAUUAUAAUUCCCUCCCACAUCAUAUCACACCGCAUUCCAACAACUAACACUUCCCCACUCUAUAGAUAAUUAGAUAUAUGCAUGUUCGUGUAUAUUGAUUCUGAUAGUUUUUUUUUUUUUUUUAAUAAAAUUGAUUCAGAUAGUUAAACAAUUUGAAAAUGCACAAUUUCUAGCAGUUAUUUAUCAUUAGUAAGUAUAAUUUGUAUCAUAAAUUAAUUAAUAUAUGAACGAAUAACGGAACAGAGAGUAAGAGUAAUGGAAGCGUUUCAAAGAGAUCAACGUGGCUCACUUGAAGUGUUUAAUCCUUCUUCAUCUGAGAAGAACGAGAAUCCAAAUCCAAACAAUUUGUGGAAGACUCUGAUACACUCACGCGCCGAGGAAACUCCACUUCCCACGCGCAAUUCCAAUUCCGAUGAAGUCACCGUCGCAACUUCCUGGAUGGCGCUCAAGGAAACAAAUCCUCCGCCAACUUCGGGCGAAUCAGGCUCCGCGGCGGCGCAGAGAGCGGCGGAGUGGGGAUUAGUGCUGAAAACUGAUUCGGAGACAGGUAAGCCACAGGGAGUGGCGGUUAGAAACUCUGGUAGUUCGAGGAGAGACUCGAAUAACUCGGUGAGAAGCUCCGGUGAGUGUUCCGAUGAGGGAAAGGAGUUACGGGGAAUACCGAGAGUUUCGGAGGAUUUGAGAGACGCUCUAUCGGCGUUUCAACAGACGUUUGUUGUUUCAGAUGCUACGAAACCCGAUUACCCGAUUAUGUAUGCUAGUGCCGGGUUUUUUAAGAUGACGGGUUAUACUUCCAAAGAGGUCAUUGGAAGAAACUGUCGAUUUAUGCAGGGAGCAGAAACAGAUUCGAAUGACGUGGCAAAGAUAAGAGAGGCGCUAGCAGCUGGAAAGAGUUAUUGUGGAAGGUUGCUGAAUUACAAGAAGGAUGGGACCCCCUUUUGGAACCUUCUCACUAUUUCCCCUAUCAAGGACGAACAUGGCAAACUCCUCAAAUUUAUUGGAAUGCAAGUGGAGGUUAGCAAGCAUACAGAGGGGGCCAAGGAGAAGAUGCUGCGUCCCAAUGGAUUGCCCGAAUCCUUGAUUCGAUAUGAUGCUCGUGAGAAAGAGAAGGCGAACAGUUCAGUUAGUGAGUUGGUUGAAGCAGUGAGCAGACGACCGAGGGCACUCAGUGAAUCAGCAAACCGUCCUUUCAUAAAAAACCAAACAACACAACAACAUGCUGCUGCUGCUGCAUCACCCAAUUCAUCAAGAAGAAAAUCUGAGAGUGUUGCUACUUUCUCUUCAUUUAGACGCAAAUCACAUUCAGGUUCAGGAUCACGAGGAGACGCUUUUCAUUCAAUGCAUCCAAUCCCCGAAAACAAACACAAAAACCACUACUCUCGUCGCCGCUCUUUCAUGGGUUUCAUCAAGAAAACUCAGUCAAACAAUGAAAGCUUCAAUGAUGAGGAUAGCUUUGAGGGCAGUGAGGAUGAUGAGAUGCCUCAUAGUUUUGAUGACAAAAUUACACAAAAGAGGGAAAAGAGAAAGGGUCUUGAUCUUGCUACCACACUCGAACGUAUUGAGAAGAACUUUGUCAUUACUGAUCCAAGGCUACCUGAUAACCCCAUUAUAUUUGCUUCUGAUAGCUUCUUAGAGCUUACAGAGUAUACUCGUGAAGAAAUCUUGGGAAGAAAUUGCAGGUUUCUGCAAGGACCUGAAACUGAUCCUACAACAGUGAAAAAAAUUAGAGAGGCUAUUGACAAUCAAACAGAAGUUACCGUGCAACUCAUUAAUUAUACAAAGAGUGGUAAAAAGUUCUGGAACCUGUUUCAUUUGCAGCCAAUGCGUGAUCAGAAGGGAGAAGUACAGUAUUUUAUUGGAGUUCAACUUGAUGGUAGUCAACAUGUAGAGCCUCUUCACAACCGCAUUGCAGAAGAUACAGCAAAGGAGGGAGAACACGUGGUCAAAAAAACUGCAGAAAAUGUUGAUGAUGCAUUGAGAGAACUUCCUGAUGCUAAUUUGAAACCAGAAGAUCUAUGGAUAAAUCAUUCAAAAGUUGUUCACCCCAAACCUCAUAGGAGGGAUGAAGCUGCUUGGAGAGCUAUUCAAAAGAUCAUAGAUAGUGGAGAGCAGAUAGGCUUGAAGCAUUUUAAGCCAAUUAAACCUUUAGGAUCAGGGGACACUGGCAGUGUCCAUCUGGUGGAGCUAUGUGGAACUAAUCAACAUUUUGCCAUGAAGGCUAUGGAGAAGGGUGUUAUGCUCAAUCGUAACAAGGUGCAUAGAGCUUGCACAGAGAGAGAAAUCCUAGACAUGUUGGACCACCCUUUUCUUCCUGCAUUAUAUGCUUCCUUUCAGACCAAAUCACAUAUUUGUUUGAUCACUGAUUACUGUCCUGGAGGAGAACUAUUCGUGCUACUUGAAAGCCAGCCAGCAAAGGUUCUCAAGGAAGAUGCAGUGAGAUUUUAUGCCUCUGAAGUAGUUAUUGCAUUGGAGUACCUUCACUGUCAAGGGAUAAUAUAUAGGGAUUUGAAGCCAGAAAAUGUUUUACUACAAAGCAGUGGACAUGUGUCUCUAACAGAUUUUGAUUUGUCAUGUUUAACAUCAUGCAAACCACAGCUUUUAAUUUCACCCAUCAAUGACAAGAAGAAACAACAGGCUCCAAUAUUCAUGGCUGAACCGAUGAGAGCAUCAAAUUCGUUUGUUGGCACAGAAGAGUACAUAGCUCCGGAAAUUAUAACAGGUUCAGGCCAUACUAGUGCUGUGGAUUGGUGGGCUCUUGGAAUUCUUCUAUAUGAAAUGUUUUAUGGGUAUACACCAUUCAGGGGAAAGAAUAGGCAAAGAACAUUUGCAAAUAUUCUCCACAAGGAUCUUAAAUUUCCUAAAAGUAAACAGGUAAGUCUCAGUGCAAAGCAGUUAAUAUAUUACUUGUUGCAAAGAGAUCCGACUAGCAGGUUGGGUUCAAAGGGAGGAGCAAAUGAUAUCAAAAACCAUCCCUUCUUCAGGGGCAUCAACUGGGCCCUAGUUAGAUGCACGAAACCUCCUGAGCUUGAUGCUCCUCUCUUUAGUACAAAUGAAGAAGAAAAGGAAAAGAUAGCCAAAUAUGUAGAUAAUGGACAAGAGGAUAUGAGUGUCUUUUGAAAGGUCUCUUUGUCAAUCUCCACACUCUUGAAUACACCAUGAGUUUAUUUGGGUUCAUUGAGGAAUUGGUGGAAUUUUCAGCACUUGCUUUGGUGGUGGGCAAAGGCUUGAUUCUGUAAAAUGUUUUAUGAACAGUGUGAUAUUUCUUCUUGGCGUGUAAAUUCUUGUGAUAUUUCAAUGUUUGGUUGGAAUAUUCCUUGAUUAGACUUUAAUUAUGUGUCUCAAGUCUCGGUUUCUAGAU